AUGGAGCAGGAAAAACAACUAUUCUGUACAAAUUGCAAGUUGGUGAAGUCGUUACAACCAUACCAACCAUAGGAUUUAAUGUGGAGCAAGUUACUUACAAAAACCUCAAGUUCCAAGUCUGGGACUUGGGUGGCCAGACAAGUAUAAGACCAUACUGGCGAUGUUACUAUUCAAACACAGAUGCUAUUAUCUAUGUAGUAGACUCAGCAGAUAAAGAUAGGAUUGGCAUCUCCAAGGAUGAACUCUUGUACAUGCUCCGGGAGGAGGAGUUACAGGGUGCAAUUUUAGUUGUCCUUGCCAACAAGCAAGACAUGGAUGGCUGCAUGAGCGUGACAGAGGUAUAUCAGGCUCUAGGACUGGAUGCACUAAAAAAUCGAACAUUCCAAAUCUUCAAAACUUCAGCUAAAAAAGGAGAAGGGCUAGAAGAGGCAAUGGACUGGCUGUCUAAUGCUCUGACAAGCAGAAAAUGAUUCCUAAAACAAAUUUCCUUAUAUUUGAUCCUUGUUAAUUGUGAGUUCCGUCUCAUAAAAAGUUCUGUAAAGUAUUGCAAGUGUAAAUAAAUAUAUAUUUUAUCUAUUUAAAAUUUACUGUGAGGAUAGAUUUUGAUGUAUUUUUUACAUAACUUAUGAAGAACACAGUGGAUAUUAGCUGUAAAUAGGGGCCCGUUUCGUUUUUGAAUUUCGUGUAGCUCUACUCUUGACUUUUUAUCAAUCUUUUCCACAUCUUAUCCUCCUUUUUAAUUCAGUUUUGUGUUGUUUUUAUUUCUCUUUUGUAUAUUUUAUGAUCUACAUCUAAUGUGUAACCUGAAAUAGAGGAAGUUUAGUGAAGAAA